CUGUAGGUUAUGUAAAAAUUGAUCGAUCUGUCGAAAGAAAAUGUAAAUAUUUUUUGAAUUCGGUUUUCAAAACGGAAAAAAAUGGAAUUUUUUGUCGAAACCGCGGUCCGAAUAUGUCCUAUUCCACCCAGUACUGAAAAUAUCACGUGCGUUCAAAGCAGUUCCAUAAACAACACUAUACAGAUUUCCUCCAACCAAACUUAUCCAGUAAACUAUGCUUUACCAUUAAAUUGUAGUCAAGAUACGGUGUUUUGUACGGCUGCGAGCCCCCUUUUGAAUUAUUUUUUAGAGGGGUGCGAUGUGAGUAUUGUUACUUUAGGUCAGUCGCAUACUGGUAAAACGUAUACCUUAUAUGGACCUGGGCUUCAUUAUGCUGCUAGUGAAUCUGAACAAGGUUUGGUUCCUCGAUUUAUCCGAGAUAUUCUGUCAAAAUUGAAGCAAUUUCGUGAUCGUUCAUGGUCUAUACAUAUUACGUGGUCUCAAAUAUGUGGCGAUACAGUUCAAGAUUUGUUGGGUAAUGGUAGUGUAGAGAUAGAAGAUAUUCUAGAUGCUUUUCAGUUAAUCCAAAUAGGUUUAUCAAACUUGGCUCCUAAAUGUGCCCAUACAUUAUUUACAAUAACUUUGGAACAACAAUGGUUAGUUGAUGCAAAUGUCCAGCAUAGAGUUUCAACAGCUAGCUUUGCUGAUUUGGCUAGCUGUGAAAAGUUACUUGUUUAUGAUAGUAAUGGUUUAGCACAAACUGUUCCCAAUGACUUGGGACUACAAACUUUACAAGCAUGUAUCAUGACUUUAUCGGAACAAUGUAUGAGACUCAAUCACUUUGGAACUAAUCAAGUCCCAUAUAAUCAAUCAGUUUUAACAACCUUACUACGUGAUUCAUUUGGUGGUCGCGCUAAAACAUUAUUACUUUGUUGUAUAUCACCUUUAAUAAACGAUUUUGGUGAAACCUUAUAUACUCUGCAAUUAGCUUCAAGGGCCCAAAUGAUAAAGAAUUUAGUAACGGUAAAUUCUUAUAUGACGUACGACAAUAGGCCUUCUCCAGAAAAUCUGGAUCUCUUUGGUCUUCAAUUUGCUGCUAAUCAAUUGUUGAAGCUUGUUUCAAAUGCUGAAGAACUAUUUCAAAAACUGGUAUCAGCUGGAUGUCUUAAAAAGGCUGAAAUGGAACAAAUUUCUCAGUGGUUAAUGUUGAAGCAGGAGUGUGAGGAGUGCUUGAGUGAUAAUUCUGAGCCGCACAGAUCACUGGAAAGAAUUGAGGAGGAGGAUACAGAGAAUUUUUCGGAUAGUGAUAGUGAAGGGGACAUGUCAGAUGAGGAUCAUAAUUUCAUAGAGAGGUUAGACAAUUUGAUAGAGGAAUUCCAAUCUAAAACUGAUGCCUUAGUUAUUCAAGAAAAUUUCACCAGUGCAAAAAGCCUGCUAAGCAGUAGUAACAACAGUUUUUUAAACUCUUCUUAUCAUUCCAAAGGCGCGAGAGGUAGGAGAAAUAGCAUACAUUUCUUGGAAGAAUUAGAAGAAAAAUCAAAUUCGCUCAAUUCUUCGAAAAUUAGUGAUGAAGAACUGGCAAUCACGAAACAACCCAAGGAAUCUACUGAGCCUGCUGUGUCACAUGAUAUAAAGAAAAAAAUUCUUAAACAGGUCAAUAUCUUGCUUAUGGGUUACUACAAACAAAUAAUUGAUCUGGAACAGACAAUUCGCGUUAAGGAGAAUCUCAUCCAGCAACUUCUCAAACACAGAAACACCAAAUCCAAUGCUCAUAGUCGCAUCGAACAGAAAUGCCAAAAACUCAAAAAAGAGUUCAAAACCAUUCAAGAAAAAUUAAAGCAAGCUCACGACAAAAAAAAUCACUAUCUCGAAAAUAAGUAUAAAGAGGAAUUGGAAGAGGUGGAAACCAAGUUAAAGGACGCAGAAAAUGUCAAAACUUUAACUGAAGAAGAUAAUAGAAAACUGAUGGAGUUGGAAAACAGCAUUCAUACGUCUAAAAGACAGUUGGAAAAACUGAAAAAACUCAAAAGAAAAGAAGAAAAGCGAAUGCAAAUGUACGAAUCUCAAAUUAAGGAGGAGGAGAAGAGUAUGGCUGUAAAUAAAUCCAAAGAGAGCAACAAAAAGAUUCAAAAAAGCUCGGAUACUUCCAAAGCUUUGGUUCUCCACCCGUCCAACCCAUCAGAUAGCAGCAAUAAUAUAUCAGACGACAAAGUCGAUAGUUACAGGCACGAAAUUCGAAAUCUGCGAAGAACGCGAGACUACCUGGUCGAGCAACGUUGCCAGAUCGACGUAAAUUCGCAGAAUAAAAAGAUUUUGAACGAUAUCGAAGAGAGGAAGUUGCUUCAGUAUGAAGAAGCUAUAGAAGCCAUAGAUUUAGCUAUUGAAUAUAAAAACGAGAUGAUUUGUGGUCAUAGAAAUAAAUCUUUGGAGAAUGUGGAGGAGCAGGGUGAGAUCAUGUUGAUGGAUAGGUUGAUGAAAUUGGACGAGAACGAAAUGAGGAUGUUAUUGUACAAACAUUUUCAUAAGGUUAUUGAACUAAGAUUUAACAAUAAGAAGCUGGAACUGCAAGUCGUAGAUUUCGAGAACCAGAACGAGAACCUCAUCAGUCGAGUUCAGAAUCUCUGUCACAGUUUGCAACAAGUCAGAAUGGAGGGGGAACGUCGAAUUAUAAAUUUACAGCAGCAACACGAAGAUAAAAUCCACCUGAUACUACGCCACAUGGCAAACGAUGCCAGCGGUGGAGGAACAGGAUCUGAAGACUGCACAAUCGUUGGUCUUUUAGGAAAACCAAGAAUACCGAGACCCGUUGCCUCCACCGCAAACAAAAUAAGCAAAAACAGCAACCUAAUUACCAGGAUAACUAGGAUAGCCAGGACAACGGAAACGGUACCAGGGCAACAUAACCAUGUGGCUCCUUCACCACAAACCAAAAUUACAAGACAGAAAAAUAAAUUAUUUAUUCAACAAACGAAUAAAUAGAUUAUUAGUGAUAGAUAUGGCGAUAUGUAUUUAUUAUAGUUAGUUUAGGGUAGUUGUUUUAUCAAUUCAUGGGUGGUUCAUACUUCCAAUCUUAACCUAACACUAACAUUAAUCCUAAUCUGAAGAAUAUGAAUCGUGUAAACAAAUGCCAGCGUUCAUAGUUCAAGUAUCGCGAUCUCCGUCGUAGGAAGCGAUAGAUAUCCGUCUCUAUUCAGCCAUUUUUGUGUUUUAAUUUUUUUUCAAUCCUAUAUUAAUGAAACUACAGUUUCUUAUUAAAAGGGCCUCUGUCCUGACAUCCACAAUAUUACUAGAACGCGCAAAAUAUUUUGAGUUUCAUAUAAAGGCAUCAGUCAGUAAUAUGAUGCUAAGUGACUUUUCUCAAAACUUAUGUUCCCAGACUGAUGUCCAUUUAACAAAUCAUGAUUCAUUUUUGCAUCAAAAUAAAUUGGAGUCAAUCAACUCGUCACGUACCUAGAAACAUUAGAGAACAACGGCCGACGGCCGAGUCAGCCGCUACUGGCGCACGUAAACGCAGACGUAAAGAAUCAUACGUGUAAAAAAUAUAAGAAAUGCGCAUGCGUACGUAAACGUUUACGUGUUUGUAGUCUGUAACCUUGUUAUCUAUAGGUGCGUUUAGACUUGAGCACGCACGAGCUGAGCGUACGCGAACGGCAUUCGUUCGCGCUCUCGGCUCCGUUUAAAUUAAAAACUUAUUUUUCGACGCAUAAAGUGAUCCACUUGUGCGCGAACAACAGAGUUGUGUUGCUGAACGCACGCACGCACACACACAAGCCGAGUUGCCGGAGCAAACUGAGCCAACAUAUAAAAUUCGAGCACCGACCAUAAACCGACACCAGGCGGCUCGCGUUCGCGGCUGCUCGCGCACAGGCAGAUUCAGAGUGAGCGUGCGCGCACAGCCGUUUACACUCGAGAAUUCACGAAGGAUCAGUGCGUGCGUGCUCAAGUCUAAACGCACCAUAUUAUAAGUCAUAUCACCUCUGAUAUCACACAGCGAGUAGCGCGGCGAGAGGAACUACUCCACUAUCUUUUUACCCUAAGAAAUAUUGGAUAUUUUAUUUCUUAGGGCUAAUGCUAAUUUAAAACUAGGGUUUUUAAGAAUUUUUGAAAUAAUGUUUGUUGUUGAAUCAGACGGUUUAAAAUGUUUGUAAUUAUCUAUUCUUUGCUCUAGAAAUGAUGAAUGUUUAUUCACAAACAAGUGAAUGUCAUCAUUGUGAUAAUUAGUCUCUUUAGUUUUCUAAAUUCUAAAAAUAUUUGUAUACUUAACUCAAAACAUGUUUUGUAUGAGCGCGAAAGCCUACCAAAAUAUUCUUAAGACAAGUAGGAAAAGUAUGAACGGUAUUUCCUUAAGAGAAUUUCUUAGGGUUAUUGUUAAGGGUAAAGCUAUAUAGAGAACUAAUACUCGAAGUAUGAACCAGCCAUCAAUACUUGAAUACAUUAUGUAUUAUAAAAACGAUAUUUAAAUAUAUUAGUAUCAC